AAACCCAACUGUUGUGCAUUGAAAAAAGCUACUAUUAAGAGAAAUCAAGCGCCUCGUUACGCAAAGGGGGAGCGAGAGAUCCUUACACCAGCUGACGGUGCUCGUUCCCCGGCAGCGCGGCGGCAGGCAGAUGCGCGGGUUUGCCUCUGCCGUGCGCCCCCCCCCCGCUGGCGCUCAGCCCUCGAGGGGGCGCGGGGGGAGCCAGCCCCUGCGCGGGGAGGUAGGACCCUGCGCCGAGCCCCUCCCCGCCGCGGAGUCGGAGAAGAGAUGCCCAACUUUCCCCUUCCUCCCCGGCGGCGCGGAGCGGGGCGCGGAGCGCGGAGCCGGGCGGGCGGCGGCGGGGCUGGAGCGCGGCGCAGCGGGCAGCGGGGGGGCCCCGCCGCCGCCCCCGCCCCGGCCCCGCGCUGAGCCCCGCCGGGGCGGGCGCACCGCCGCCGCCGCCCCCCCCCCCCCCCCGGGGCCGGUCCUCGCCUCGCCGAGAUGCCCGGGACGGUGCUGCUGCUCUGCCUGGCCCUCGGGCCGGUCCUGCGCGCCAGGUGUGAGAGCACAGAGGAAUACGAUUAUGAUUACCUCAGCAUCAAUAAAACCUGGGUCCUCACCCCCAAGGCACAGGAGACUGAUGCCACGCAGAUCCUCAACUCACUGCUGAAGAACUAUGACAACAAGCUGAGGCCUGACAUUGGCAUCAAGCCCACUUAUAUCGAUGUGGAUAUCUAUGUGAACAGCAUUGGGCCGGUGUCUGUCAUCCAGAUGGAAUACACCAUUGAUAUCUUCUUUGCUCAGACGUGGUAUGACCGGCGUCUUCGUUUCAACAGCACCUUGAAGGCCCUCACGCUGAACACCAACAUGGUGAGCCGCAUCUGGAUCCCAGAUACCUUUUUCAGGAACUCCAAGCGGGCUGAUUCCCACUGGAUAACCACUCCUAAUCAGCUCCUCCGCAUCUGGAAUGAUGGAAAAGUGCUCUACACACUCAGGCUGACGAUCGAGGCUGAAUGUCUGCUCCAGCUGCAGAAUUUCCCAAUGGACACUCACUCCUGCCCUUUGGUUUUUUCCAGUUAUGGCUACCCACGCGACGAGAUUGUCUAUCGCUGGAGGCGCUACUCCAUUGAGGUCUCCGACCAGCGCACCUGGAGGCUGUACCAGUUUGACUUCACAGGGCUGAGGAACACCUCAGAAGUUCUCAGGACUGGGGCAGGGGAGUACAUGGUGAUGACAGUUUCUUUUGACCUAAGCAGACGUAUGGGUUAUUUUGCCAUUCAGACCUACAUUCCCUGCAUCCUGACUGUUGUUCUUUCCUGGGUUUCCUUCUGGAUCAAGAGAGACUCUACGCCAGCCAGGACAUCUCUGGGUAUCACGACUGUGCUAACAAUGACCACCCUGAGUACGAUCUCCCGCAAGCACCUUCCCCGUGUUUCCUAUAUCACAGCCAUGGACCUCUUUGUCUCUGUGUGCUUCAUCUUCGUCUUUGCAGCUCUCAUGGAGUAUGCUACACUCAACUACCUGGUGGGAAACAAGAAACCACUUGAGCAAAACAACAGGAAAGCCAGACUGCCACCUGCCGGUGCACAGGUGAUGCCAUCCUUCACCACCAUCAACAUCAACAACAUCAUGCACUGGCCCCCAGAGAUAGAGGAGGAUGAGGAUGAAGACCCUGGCUCCCCCUGCCUGGAAGGAAAGGAAUGCGAGAGGUUCUUCUGCUGCAUUGAAGACUGUCAGACAGGAAUGUGGCGGGAGGGGAGGGUCCGCAUUCACAUCUCCCGCCUGGACUCCUACUCUCGAGUUUUCUUCCCCACUGCCUUCCUGCUCUUCAACAUUGUCUACUGGAUUGCCUAUCUCUAUCUCUAGCUGUUCUUUGUCCUCAGCUGGAAAGGACUGGAGACCAGCAAGAUGGGCUUCUCAAGGAGCAUAGAGAACAGCAUCUCUUCAGUUGUAGUCGAUUGUCAGCCUGAACAAUUCAACCUGGUGAUUCCCUCUUCCUGCUCUCUCAUCUCUUCUGAGAAGAACCAGACAGCUUUUUUUUAGCCUUCUAAAGUAUCUUUUUAGAGAAUUUACCCUUCCCAAACAGCCUCCUCUCCAGCACCACCAGCAUUUUACUCCUUGUAAGAUUGUCCAAAAACAUCCUAUUCCCAUCUCAAACAUUAGGGAUUUUGUCAAAAUCAAAAACCUUAAUGGGUUUCAUUUUUCCAUCCAAUCCUACUCCAAAAUUCCAUGGGAAGUGAUGGCAAAUGGAGUUUUCUGCACAGUUAUUAAGACUGCAAAGAAAAUAAAGGAGAUCUUACAACUUCUGCACCACUUCCACCAGAACAGACUUUGUGGAGUGCUAGAGGCUUGGAAAGGUCCAAAGGAAAGAAGUGUGAAAGAGGGCAGCAGUACAGCUUUUCCACAGUAGCUGGGCUUGGCUAAAUGUUUUGAACCUGCCCAGAAAGCUGACAGUGGCACUGACAAGGAUGGAGUAGCUGCAAGCCUCCACCAGCUCCCCGUAGAAUAUCUGUGGAGCCUUCCUCAUGGAUCACUCCACUUUUUGUACCAAGUGGCACCCAAGGCAUCCACCCACUGAGGCAUUGCUGAUUCUCAUCAGAUGGUGGUAAAAAGCACUUCACAAGUUUGAAGGGCCCAUCUGCCUUACUGGAGCAGACUCUUCAGGGCUCACAGUGACAUUCUGCUUUGUGAUCAGGACUCUGAGCAGGCUAUGCAGCUUAUGCCGGGCAUAGCCAAAAGAGAGAGAAAGUCCUUAUGCUACAAAGACCAGAAGCAGUCUCCUAGGCCUGUUGUGAGGUAGCUUUCAUUGGCCUGUCUCACGUGAGCUGGGCCCUAUUGUACCAUGCAUCAUAGCAGGGCAGUGCUCUCCUUCACAACAACACUUGUUGAAACCAUCAGAUCUGUGCUUGGUAGUAGGUGCUAACCUGAGAAAGGGGUAGUAGAAAAGGGAACACGAUCAGCCACCAGUGCUGCACCUACCAGUGGUGGGGAGAGAGCAUUCCUGCAGCUCAGAUGUGUUUCCUUACUUCUUUUUUUUCAUAAUUACAUAAAAAAACAGACUUCACUAAAACUCUAUGGCUCCUCCUAGUUGCCACCAAUACUUGGCCCUUUUCUUCCCAAAAUCAGGAAAUGGAGCGAGUUGUCCUUUGUAGAUUUCAGGAAGGUCAGACAUAGUGAGAUGGUUCCUUAUGGUCCAUCUUAAAGGGAUAGAGAAAUGCAUAAUGCAGUCUCGACUGGGAAUAAACUGCAUAAUGUAGAAGAGGAAACUCAGGCCCAAGGUCCAUAAUGUGUAAAUCAGCUGCCUCCCCAUUUAUACCAACUGCUGAUGUGGCCCACAGCAUGAUUGUGAAAAGCAAUGUACCAUUAAUAGUUACUUACUCUGUAAAUUACAUACAAAAAAAAUUCUUUUUAAAAACAGCAUGUUUUAGAAACAAUUAGUACUUAAAAGGCUUGUCACAAGAAGAAAGGUGGCAUGGCUGCAGAGAAAAAGUUAGGAACGGCUGGCUCACAGGACAGCUAACGGGCAGGAGGUUUUACAUAUUCUUAGAGAGCAAUUUGAUCUGGUUUAAAGAUGGAUUUUGACACUGUUAAAUCUGAUCUGAAUAAUGAAGUGUCAUGUUUAAUUCAUUCAGCCUUACCUUGGUUCCAGAGGAAGAGCUAGAGCGCCUAAUUAAGUAUACAAUAGUACAACACUCAGCUAAGUAUAACCUAAUGGGGUCAGACCAGCAUAGCUCUGGAAGGGGAAAUUGUGCCUGUCUAACCUGUUACAGUUCUUCUUUUAAAAUACCAAGUAAGAGAUAAAGGUUACCCAGAAGCAUAAUUUGCUUUGCUACUCCGACAGCUUUUGAAAGGAUGGAAAGAAAUUAUGGCGGGUGGUUCUAACUGAGGAAAUUGAUUUAGCAAAAGAAUUAUUAAGGAGGUUCUAAUUAGAGGAAAUUAACUGAGGAGAGGGGAAAAAAGAAUUGUUAAGGAGGCUCUAAUUAGAGGAAAUUAAUGUUUUAGAGAGAAAGACACAGAGAGGGAGAAGUCUAAGAAAAGAAUCAAAACAACUUCCAGACAAGGAGAGCUGCUGGGUGACAGUGCCGACUCCCAGCCAAGCAGGUUGAUGUUCUGCUCCUCAUAGCAAAGCACUAUUAGAUGUAGCAACAGAAAAACCUCCUAUGACUCAACCGUACACCGACAGGGAGCUGGAUUAAACAGGGUCCUGUGAUCUCUGUGGGGAGCCAAAAGGAAAGAGCAUCCUAGAUUAAAACUGGCUCACGCGACAGACUCUGAAUGAAGCAUGUCUUCACAUGUCAGAAGGCAGCUGCUACCAUGUGCGUGGGAGAGGACACCCUGGUGGCAAACCAGGGCCCAUGCCAAAUAUGCUCAUUAACAGUACGGUGGCAUAAAAGGUGUGCAGGCAAUGUAGGCUGCAGUGAACACAGGCAGCAAAAUGUGGAAGGGGAGCAUCUGAGAAAGGGACGGUGGAAGGGAAAAUUUAACAUCCAUGUGCAAAGGAGUCCAAACAUCUGCAAUUCACUGUAGCUGUGAAGCACUUGGGAGCCUUGAUGGACAGAGAUGAUCAUCAUGGGCACCGGAGUACAGACUUCAGCCCCGAGAGCAGCAGGUUGUUGAAAUUAGACCUUCUACAGAUCAGCCAGGAGAGAAGCAGGGUGUACAAGAGCCCUAAGAGGAUGACAGGGACUUGGGCAAAGUAGAAUUGAAAGCUUAUAAGAUUUCACCAAAAAAAGAUAAAGCCAACACACACCUAGGUAAUUUAACCAGUGAUGGAGGAUUUGACAGAGGAAAAUAGCCUAGCGUGGGCUGGAGCACAAGGAAGCUGAUUACUAAGGCUGGGGAAGGAGGAGGGAGGGGGCUUUUUGGCUUAGGGAAAUCUGUGCCCAUCAUAAAUAGCUCAAUAAAUAAAGGCAUGCACAAAUUCAAUCAUGUUUUUAAGUUUCUACAGUAUCUAUCUCAAAAAAGGAAAGCUAAGAAAAGCCAGAAAGAAAAAUCCGCCAUUUUUUGGAAUUACUUUGCAAAGCUCCAGUUUCCUGAAAAAAGGUUUCCCUGCUAUAUCAGCAAGGAAUCCAGGGCACAGAGACAUCCAGUAGCCGUGUGUGGCCCUGCUAAGCAAGACAGUGGGAGCCAAGCCCCACUGGUCCCCUCCUAGACUGGCAUAAACCACCUGCCUUUCCCUGCAUGCUGUAGUUUCUGCCAUCACGCUGGGAUGGCUUAUGGUACCGCAGUGUCUUUCAGCCUGGCACAGCUGUUGCCUUUUCACCAGCAUCUGACUGGCUUACUCCAGGGGACACAGCCCGAGAACACGGGGCUGAGCCAUGCUGUGCCGGGCAGGAGGGAUGGAGACUCCUGGACAACUGCAAGACACCUGGGUGGCUGUGCUGCCUCCUCCCCUCAAGCAGGUUUCGACUUUCUUCCCCAACCAGAAACUUGGUGGAGGAGCCGACUAUUGCCACCGUCACAGGCUGAGUUGGUGCUGGACUUCCCUCACCUCCCUACCCUUCCCAGGGAUGAGCAAGUCACAUUCCCAGCCCCGGUGCCUACAGAGGACCUCUGUCAGACAGCUACUACAUGACAAGUUUCCUUGCUGGUGGCCCGAGAGUGCUUGAUGCUGGCUAUCGUGGCUGAUCCUGUAGCAGAAGAACACACAUCGAAGUUAGUGAACUUUGCUGUGAAUGUGGUCAGUUCCACCUAUUGCUGGACAAUCAUCUCUACAACUUCCAGGAUGAAGUGGACAAUGAACUUAUCUGCCAUAACUGCCUGUAGGCUCUUCUCCAACCUAUGGACACCCCCUGUGGACAUAUGCACUGUUUCAAAUACCUUGAAAACUUCAUGCAGGAGUAUAACUUUUGUCCUGUGGAUCGGAAAAAGCUCUCUUUCCAGCAGUGCCACAAGUCCAGCCUUCUAGUACGAAACCUGUUGGAUAAGAUGAUUGUCUUCUGUCCUUUCAAGGCAGUGUCAGCAGACAAUGCAGCGGUGAGAACUAGAAGCUCAUCUAUAGGACAGGUGUCCUGGUUUCAAGAAAUACAAAUAUGAACUACAGUGGAAAAAGAAUCCAAUUUCCAAAGGGAAGGAACAUCCCCCUACCAAGGUGGAGACAAACACACACAAGGAUCCGGAAGUACCAAAUGGAGUAUCAUCACUUUGUGGCAGAAAGCUCUGCAGCUGCUGUGGUAUCACUAGGGACUGCAGAGCCUGGACUGCUUAAUCCAGCUUUUGAGGAGAGUGAAGAAGACCUUCCUCAGAGAGUUAAGUUAGUCUUAUGGCUGAAAAGAACAAAAUUGAAAUUCACCAAGAAGACCUGAAGGAAGAGUUGAGGAUAAGGAUAGCCAGGGAG